CUGGCUGCUGGGGAGAUGCAGUCCCCCAGGAUGGCAGGGAAGAAGCGAGGGCGACCCCCGCUCCAGCCAGCACCCAUCAAAAUGGCUGUUCACAACCUCUUCUCUGCACCAGCUGGUGCUCUGCCAGGCAUGAAGAUCCCAAAGAAGAGAGGGAGAAAACCUGGGCACAAGCUGAAAUCUCGUGUCCUGAUGACUCCUUUAGCAAUCUCUCCUCCGAGAAGCACGCCGGAGCCAGAUAUCAGCUCAAUCCCCCAGGAUGCAGCCACGGUACCCAACUCGGACACCCCGCAGGCUCUCACAGUCUGCAUUUAUGUCAACAAGCAAGCGAACCUGGGGCCGUACCUUGACAGAAAAAAGGUGCAGCAGCUGCCGGAGCACUUUGGCCCGGAGCGGCCGUCAGCAGCCCUGCAGCAGGCAGUGCAAGCCUGCAUCGACUGUGCACUCCAGCAAAAGGUGGUCUUCUCCCUCCUCAGGCAGGGCUACGGAGGAGAGAUGGUGUCAGUUUCAGCUUCUUUUGAGGGGAAGCAGCAUCUCCAGAGCCUGCUGGUAGUGAACAGCAUUGGGUACGUGCUGCGUUUCCUGAAGAAGCUGUGUCGCAGCCUGCUGUGUGACAAUCUCUUCAGCAACCAGCCCUUCCAGCAGCACAGCGCCGGCACCGAGAGCCCCGAGGGCUGUGAAGGCAGACGGAUGGAGGCAGAGACAGUUAUACCUGAGGAGUACCUGGCCGAUGCUCCAAGCAGGAAGCAGUACAGCAUGGAUCCUGCCGAUGCUGCCUUGGGCUCCACGGGCUCCGUGUACACCGUGCGCCAGAGCCCUGCAGAUGGACACCCUGCUGGAGGCUCCUCCUCCUCCUGCAGCCAUCGUGCUGCCCACAUGUCUUCAGGGGGGUCCUCAGCCACUGGCCUGCGGCAUCAGACCUCCAGCCCAACCAGGAAUGGGGCCUAUCCUGAAGGAAACCACCAAAGAAGUGCCUCAAGUCCUUCACCUGAACAACAAGAUGCAGCUCGGCCAUCAAGCAAGAAUCCUUUGACCUGGACGGUGGAUGAUGUGGUGUGGUUUGUGAAGGAUGCAGACCCUCAAGCUUUAGGCCCUCACGUGGAGCUCUUCAGAAAACACGAAAUUGAUGGCAAUGCUUUGUUGCUGCUGAAAAGCGACAUGAUCAUGAAAUACCUGGGGCUGAAAUUGGGACCAGCACUGAAACUGUGUUACCACAUUGAUAAGCUCAAGCAAGCCAAGUUCUAAUACUUUCUUGAACAACAGAAUCUGAGCUAAAUCUAGAUGGAAGACUAAAGGUAACAUGUUGCCUUACAGAAAUGCAUUCAUUUGCAGAUUGCUUUUCCUUCUUUUUUAUCAAAGACUUUGUCUUUUUUAACAUUUGUGCGUUGUCACCUUUUUUUAAUCCAG